AAACAACAUGACACUUCAGUGGACCAUCGUGGCCGGCGUGCUUUACGCAGAAAUCGCCAUCACCUUCACCCUCCUUCUUCCAUGGAUCAGACCGACUUUGUGGAGCAAGUUGUUCAAGUCCCGUCUCUUCACAGCUCUCGCCAAACAUGCUCACAUCUAUUCGAUCACGUUCGGCUUCGUGCUCUUCAUCCUCUUCGCCGACGGCGUUCGCGAGACAAUGAAGUACAACGGGCUCGAGGGACAAAUGGGCCGUACCGCCGAAUCCGACGCCACCCACCACAUGCGUCUGUUCCGUGCGCAGAGAAAUCUCUACAUUUCCGGCUUCGCUCUUCUCCUUUGGCUCGUCAUUCAGCGUAUUAUGACCUUGUUGGGCCGCGCCGCCCAACUUGAAGCCGCCAGCGAGGCCGCAAUGCGUCAAGCCGAAUCUGCUACCAAGACCGCCAGGACUUUGAUGAACUCGGCUGACACCAACGAAGAAGCCGCCGGAUUGGCAAAGCAAAUCGAGAAGCUCAAGGGAGAGCUCAAGUCCGCCAACACUGACCGUGACACUCUCAAGAAGCAAUCCGAAGGGCUCCAGCGCGAGUUCGACCGCGUCUCCGAUCUUCUCAGAGAUUCUGCCGAAUCCAAGGGUGACAAGAAGAAGGACUAAUCGAUUCUCAUUUCGCGUUUUGUUUUUUCUAUUAUCAAAAUCACAAUUUUCUCAAGCCGCCUAUAUAUUUUUGUUUUUGUAUAGAAUCGCUCAGUUUUCGAGUGAAUAAAAUGUAAAUUAUUUUG